CGGCCAGAAAUCUUCACACGACUAAAGCGCUUAUCCGCUGAAUCUGAGGGGAAACCAUUCCAGGAGAUCUACUCGUCUGUCUAUGCAUUACACAAAGAGUCGUUGCAGAAAGGCUCCAUGCAAUUGGAUGAGCAGAUGGAUGAUGGUACGGAUUAGACUUUACUAGAUCCCGAACCUGACACAAUGGCUAAACAGCCUGGCGCCUUUGAAUUCCCCACGGCGCGGUGGAAGAAUAUUGAAAAAGUGUUUCCAGUACAAGCUGCAGACGCUAUCCGCCACGCGCCCCAGCGUAUAUUAGAUCCAGAAAUAACAGAUUGUGUGCGAUCAAGAUUCCCUAGGGGCCGGAGUGAUGGCGAUGCAAUCAUCUGGUUGGAUAUCGGGUCUGUUGGAACGCUGCCAUUGCUGCAUAACUCCGAAUCGGGCAUUAGGACAGACCAAGUUCGUGCGGUCUUUGGAGAUACUAUUUCGAAAGCUAUUGACGAAAGUGACUUGCGAGGGUGGGAAAAGAGAAAUGGACGUAUGAAUACAACAGAAUGCGUGAAGGUGAAGCCUUUGUAUAUUGUCGCUGAAAUGCCCGCCGGGACCUUCAUCAAGCCGUUACUUUCCUUGGUAUUCCAAACUUCGCGAUCCGCUUCGAAAAAUACCACUUCUUCGCAAUCUCUGCAAAGGAGUUCCCGAUCAACGGUCGCCGCUUCGAUCGACUCGAGCGAUACAUAUUCGGUGAGAUUCUUCAAUCGAUCGUCGUCUGCAGGGAGCGUUUCCCAUCGUGAUGCCUGGCGGUAUUAGAUUAUUGUCAUAACAGUCUGAAAAGGUAUGGUUUAUGAGGAUAUAAAGCCUGCUGUAGUUUAACAUCAGUCUUAAUGUCAGUCGGAAGGGACUUUGGAGGCGCUGGGUGGCUUUACCUUGAAGGCAGAUUGGUGGCGUUGAGAUUGCUACAGCUUUGAGAGCUGUGAAUAGACUCCCGAGAAGUUGCAAUUUGCAGGGUGCUUGUAGGCGGCGCCUUGCGUCGCAUGGAG